GAAACAAGAAGCUUUGUCUAUCAUUCACCUGAAUCACAUAUACCUUUGAGCUCCAUCAAAGAUGAUGAAAAUGAAGAAUCUUCUUAGUUCUAGAUUAAAAUCUUCCUCUGCAAGACAAGAAAAUUCUGAGAAGGAAUAUCGUCGUAGCUUGACGUCCAAGCUAAGUGUUAACGAGGAGUACAAGGAAGCUUUUAGGACAAAGUCCUACUUAGAUAUUCGGACAAAAGCUGAAGAUCAAUUAGGCAUAACAUUCUCUAGCAAACUCUCUUCUUCUCCUCCUUCUGCUUCUCAUUCUCCUUCAUCCUCAGAUCUUAGCUUCCAUUCACACUUCACCGAUUACUUGCUCGACCCUCCUCAAGAAACUCUCGAUGCUCUCAUGCAAGACUCGAGUUUCCACAAUCUUCUAGCUAACUUCUUUGACUUUAGCUCCGACGCUUGUGAUGUAUGUGAGUCUCUCCUUCAAUGCAUCCAACAAAUCAAGAUCAAUCACAUCAAAAUCAAAAGGGUUAUCAAGAUUGGUAAAAGGGUUUGUAAUAAUGGUGCUAAAACCCCUGAACGUGCUUUGGUAUUUCAAGAGCUCUCGAGAUACGCCUUGCUGAAAAACCCUUUGUAUAGUAUCAUCAACCAAGCUCAGUUCCGGAGAGUUCAUGAUGCAAACUCGGAGUUGCUCGCUAGAUUAACUUCUAAAAGGAGAAGAAUCAGAAGAAAAGACAGGUUCUUUAAGUUUUGCAAGAAGCUAGGAGGUUGUAGUCUAGUGAUUUCACAUAGCGCGAUUGUUAUUACAUUGCUGAUCGUGGCGUUACACAGCAUACUCGGCGUCUUAGUAGCUCCUGCUGUGCUCGGUUUAUGCUCAUUAGGUCUUUUGAGGAAGAAGAAGAAGAAAGCGAAAAGGAACGUGGAGAAUAAGAGCAAGACCGAUCCAUCGCUAGAGAAGCUCGGGACACAAAUGGAUAUAGCAGCUAAAGGAAUGUUCAUAAUGAUAAAUGAUUUGGAUACGUUGAGUAGACUUGCCGGGAGAUUAUGCGAUGAGAUAGAGCAUAGAAAAACGGUAGCUGCCAUGUGUGCUAAGAGUGGGAAGAUUGAAGUGUUAAAGGAAGCCUUGAGAGAGUUUAGUGGACAUGAAGAAAGAUUCUUAGAGCAAUUGCAAGAGCUUGAAGAACAUCUCUAUCUUUGUUUCCACACUAUUAAUAGAUCAAGAAGACUAGUGUUUGCGCAAAUCACAGGACCAAGUUCUUGAUUCUUUUGAUUCAUCAAAAAAAAAAAAAUACUUUUGUAGGGUUUAUGAAACAUUUAUAAAGUAAUAAAUAUGUAAGAAUGUCUUUCAAUGUUUUUGUCACAUUUCUAGUGAAACUGAGUCAAAGAAGGAAACUAUCUGAUUCUUUUGUUGUUCUUGUAAUCUUCACUGGGUUUUAAACUAUGCUUUUGUUCUUGGCAUAAUCAUCCAUAUAUCCUAUUUGAUUAGCUUGAAUUUGUUUUGAUCAGGUAGGAUUCUUGAUGUAUACGAUCAAUUUUAUAUGAGCUACAAUAUUCUAUUUAAUCAUUUUUAUUAGAUUUAAGUUCGUUAACCCAUUAAAACGGGAUAUUUUUAUUUUCUUUUGAACAACCUUUCAUUUAGGACAUUACAUUAAAUAAAAUAGAAUAUCUAACAAGAUACAUAAAUCUAUUCGGCGUUGUUGGUUGGAGCUGCACUUACUCUAUCUAUCUUUGCCAAUAGCAUAAUAUGAAUGGGUUCUUGCUGAUGCAUCAUGCAUGUAUACAAGUCCUCUCUUAAAAGAGACUUAUCAUAAUAUUAACGACUUGUUUAAUCUAAAUUGUAUUAUUACUUGUUGCCUUCUUUUAAUGCCUUUCUUUGAAGCUAUUAAGGUAGGAUUUAGCACUAAACUCACAACUCUAAUUAUGCAUGCACCAAUACGUUAUCAGGGUCAAAAGAGACCAAGAGGUUUAGUUGCACAAAGGCAAUGUAUUUGGCUGUGUUCUGAGAACAUGUUUUCGUUCAUUAAAUAGACCACAAGGUACAUAAAUGAUUCCUUUAUUACAGAAGAAAUAAUAAACCUAAUUUCGUCUUUCUAACUAAACUGAUGCCAUGAUAAUUGAAGAUCAAGCUACCUAUUGCAAGAGUGUCAUUGCCAUUAUUAUUAUAAGCUUCAGAUUGUGGUGGAAAUUAGACUGUUGAGGAAAAAAUUGGUAGGCAUUUAGAAUCUGGCACCGUCACUGAAAUGGAGAUUGUGGUGCAGUUCAAUGCUGAUGUUGCAGAUGGGAUGCAGUGGAAGUUCACUCCAACUCAAAGAGAGGUUUGUUAUUAAGACUUUAUAACUCAAGAAGAAUGUUGCGACUUGUUAAAGUUUGUGGACAUGCCUUACACGCAAAUACCAAAACACAGAUCAUCAAAAGAAUCAAUCUUAUUUGGCAGGAUUAUUGGCUAGAGAACGUUGUAUAUAUCUUCUUACUAGUUCCUUUGCCAGUUUCUCUGACGAAGAGAAACGAGAUCAAGUUCGUUACUGAUCUCAGAAGCAGACAUGGCACCAGGAACCUCAUGCUUGUUUGAUUAAAGAAGAACAGCCAUAUUGUCCGGUACCUUCCCUUGUAUCUAAAUCUAGGGAAUUAAAAAAAAAAUUGGCAUUAUAUAGAACUUGCUAGAUGUUUAAAAGGGACAUGGUUUGUUACCUCAUCCAUCACCAUGUAAAGGAAACUCUUUGUCUCUUCAGAGGCGGACCUACGUUAUAGAAUGCGGUGUCAUCUGACACAGGUUUAAUUUUCUAUUUCGGUGUUUGUAUGUUAAUAGCUGAAGAAGUUUGUAGCUCAGUUGGUUGAUUUCCCUUACAACUGACACCCCAUAACCUAGUUGGACUCCACCAUGUAAUAUUUUUUUAUAUAUUUUCCUUUUUUAUUACAGUUAUGUUGGGCUAUAACCCAAUAUGACACCCCUUAAAAUCAAACUUGGGGCCGCUCUUCCAUUCGCUCUCUGUCCCUGCUGUCGACUACAUACACAAGCCCGGAUGCAUCUGCACAGUAGUGUUUCCAUAAUGGUACCAUCUGCAAUGUGCCAUCAUGUGGUUAAGACAUAUUAAGUUUCUAGUGAAUUGGUCUAAGUAGAUAAAAAUAUAAUCCUUAAUUAAUAGAUUAGAUUUAUCUUUGUUCAUGGUCCAUGGACAUAGCAAAAAUUUUAAACUACGUUAAAUUUCUGUAUCAUUUACAUCAUCGCGUUAUUCAUUUGUUUCCUUGUUAUUUUCUUGCAUUCUUUAUACUCUAUAACAAUUUCUUAUGGUAAUUUUAGAAAAAUAUUGUAUUUAUAAGUUUUAAACAAACAUCAACAGAAAAGUGCAUCAAAUCAGAUAAUAUAUAAUAAUAAUAACAAAGCGGGCGGGUUGCUCCGGGAGAAAAGAAUAGACUCAAAGCGCGACCACUGCCAAUAAUCUUUCAGACAUGGAAGAAAA